AAUGCUUGAGAGUGUUCCAAGCAAUAUCUGCGAGUUAAAAUCUCUUGAACAUCUCAAUCUCUCAGGGUGUUCAAAACUUCAUGGAUUGCCUGAUAAUUUGGGAAAUUUAGAAGCUUUGAGGGUGCUUAAAGCAGAGGGGGUCCCUACCCGAGAAGUACCAACAUCCAUUUUAAAUUUGCGCUGUGUAGAAGAACUAGAUCUGACAAGCUGUGGUAUUGAGGAGUUACCGAAAAAUCUUGGUCAGUUAUCCUCACUAAAAAGUUUACUUCUUGGCAGAAACUUCUUUAAGAGCAUUCCGACAAGCAUUGUAAAACUGCCCAAGUUAUCUUAUCUUGACCUAAGCUAUUGCGAGAGGCUUCAAAUCCUACCAGAGCUACCAAGUAAAUUAGAAAAUAUAGACGCAAGCAAUUGCACAGCAUUGGAAGCAUCAUCAAAUUUUUUAACUUUCUUCUUCAGAGAUAUUACUCAAAGCAUAAAAAUCAACUUUAGCAAUUGUUUCAAACUGGAUCAAAUCGCCUUCAGUAAAACUAUUAAUGAUUUUGGAUCGUUACUAAAUAUUUCUGGUUUUGCAAUGAGACUUUUUUUUUCCAGAAAAGGCUAGUGCUUGUAUCUGUUUCCCUGGAUGGGAAAUCCCAGAGUGGUUCAUCUUUCAAAGAA